AUGGUGCUCCCAUUCGCCAACCGCCCGCCGUUCUCGUUUGAGGUGACCAGUGCCAAAGAUACUAAGUAUAUUGGCCACUGGCUAUAUGUCGACUACGUCGCUGAGGGGGCUGCGAACGUCGUUUUCAAAACCCACUUGCCACCAUAUGCCGGAAAGCCCGACCCACGCGACAAGACCGAUGAAGAUCUCCUCAAUAAACUUCUCUUGAGAGUGCCAAAGGCACCCAAAGAUCCCAGCAAGCCGUACCUGGAUGCAGGUUUGCAGCUAAGCUACCUCCAGCAGUUUAUCCUGCCAAUUUUCGACCACCGGCGUGACCUAGUUGUGGUGCACAGACUGGGGAAAGGCAACGAAGACAUCAUCAUGAAUAUGGUCAACCAUCUGAAGGCUUUGGAUACCAUUCCUCCUCCCAGACGGCCUGCCAAGUUUCGAGGGGACACAAUCGAACCGGGUGAAGAAUGUUUUGUCGCAUUAGUUGAAGACAUGCGACCGAGACCGGGUGAGCGCGCUGUCGAAUUCAAGCCCAAGUGGCUGGCUCAGUCGCCGUCAGCACCCCCGAAAGCCAAUACCUGCCGGUGUUGUGCUCUCGCAUCCAAGAAGUACUACGACGCCAACAACCCCCAAACCGCCAAGAAACCCAAUCACAAGGUGGAGGGAGAUGAGAAGACCAGCGAUGACAAGGGCAAGGGCAAGGCCAAAGCCAAGAUCGAUUCUCCAAUCAAGGAGCAGCGGCUGAGCCCGGACAACUACCCCUGCCCUCUCUGGCUCGACCCUGAGAGAGUGACACCUCCAGGCAAAGAAUCCGUCCGCGCUGCGGCAAUCAAGAAGAUCUUCAAGGACGAUGAGAAUUAUGCUCGUCUGUACGAGCUCCUGAAGCAAAAGCCCACACUCAAGCUGUUGAAACAACAUCAACUCUCCAAAGAUCCACUCGGUCCUCUCAGACGAAAAAAAGACAUUGCCGACGUCGAUUAUGGCAUAGCCAUGACGUUGAGGGACUGUUCUCUUUUCGUGCGAUAUCGUAUGAAGAAAGAAAAGAUGAAAGACGGCACUGUGAAGGAAUUGAAGGAAGUGGAUGAUGCGUCUUUUGAAGCAAAGCUGGCUGACCUGGACUGGAAGAACAUUGAGUGGAAAUUUGACGAGUGGCGCGCAAAGGAGCUCGCCCUCGUCGAAGGGGAGUGGUAUACUGGCCGCGGCCAGAUGAGGAACUGCGCGCUCUGGAACUGA